AUGGGCAAGAUCCUGAACGCAGACCCUACCCGAAUUCAGGUGGCCUCGCUUUCAAACGGCUCGGUGGUGGUCAACACAGUCUUCAAGGUGGUUGGAUCCUGGAAUGACAUUAAAUCCACGGACGAGCGGUCGCCUUGGGGCCUCAUUUCCCUGCUGAAAGCGCUGCAAGCGGACACAAGCUCCCAGCUGUACCAAAGUCCUUUCUUCAAGUACAUUGAUCGAGCCGCAAUGCCGGAGCCGCUUCCUGUACGACAGUGCCCUGACGGGGUCUACCGUGUCUUCUGCCCGUACACCGGCGGAAUCAUGAGCACUGGGGAAGCGCUUGGAAUCCUCUUCCUUGGCAUCGCCAUUGUGCCUGUGGCAUUGUCCUGCCUUUGCUGCGCGCUAUGGUACAUCGAUCUCGAUAAGUCAAGCGCGGUGGAUGUCGAGGACGUGGUCGAGAAGCUGCAAGAGGAUCCCAAUCAAGUGGAUCCGAAGCUGCAAAUCGAGUACGCGUCCUCGUGGCUGGAGGGCAGAUUCAUGGGCCGCGUGCUGAGUCAGUCCUGGGUCCAAACCUUGGAACGAACAGAACGGACCUCACACAGCCGUCCAAAAACAUAA